AAAAAUGGGCAUCAUAUUUUAUUGCAUGCAACCGCGUAACUUUUUCAAGGAGGUAUCCGAUAUCGAGAUUAGCACGUGAAAACGAACCUGAAAAAUUCAAAAAUGAACCCAUCUUAACGCUAGAGUAUAACGUAGUUGAAUGCAUCAGUGUUCUUGAUACCUAUAAAACCAAUUUCGAAUAUUAAUCAAGUUGCUUUCAGUGUUUAUUAAUAAUGAUGUGAUAAUUUUCAAACUGUUAUCAAGUGGUUAAAAUUUUCGUAGUUGUGUAAUGAGAUUUUGGAAAUUUUUGUGAAAAAAAACUGACAUUUUCAAAGACUGUGACGAAAUCACACCACCUGAAUUUUUCAGUAGACUAGCGUAGGUAUUUUGAAAUAAAAUCAUAGUUGGUGCGAUAUUAAGUAUUAUUUUAUACUUUGUUUUUUUUUUAUUCGCUUGUAAAUAAUUGAUCACGGAAUAAAUUUGCUGAAGACUCAAAAUUUUCGUUACCAUGGAUAUGAUGAAGCUCUCGCACUAUUUUUUGUACUUUAUGCUCCAGUUUUCUUAAUACACCCUUGUAACGGAUAUAAAAUAUUGGGAAUCUUUCCACUGGCUGCCAAAAGCCAUUUCACGUGUAACAAUGCCAUCAUGAAAAGCUUGAUCGAAUCUGGCCACGAAGUGGCCGUCAUUACGUCGUUUCCUGAACAAGCUUCCGCUGAAAAUUACUCUUCAAUCAUCGAUGUUUCUGAAAAGAAGUUGCACCUUGUUGGGCAAUCAACAUUCGACGAAUUUAGCACGCAAAACGUUUUCAAAGUUUUUUCAAUGGGACCCAAAGACAUAGAAUUUUCGUAUUGUUCCAAAGUUCUCAACUUACCAGAAAUCCAAAGAAUAUUGAAUAGCGAUGAGAAAUUAUACGAUGUGGUAUUUGUUGAAAUAUUGUCGUUCUAUAAAUGUUUUUUGCCGGCUGCCGAAAAAAUGAAGAUACCUGUUAUCGGUACAGUCACACUGAGGACAUGGAUAACAGCAGAUCAUGCAAUUCAUAAUCCUAAUCAUCCGGCUUACAUACCUUACGAAUUAGUGACCCAAAAAUGGAAACUUGAUCAUAUUGUAGGACGAUUAAUCAACGCAUGGAAUCAUAUCGUCGUCUUGUGGUACGAGAAUUUCGUUUUUUCAAGAAAAUUGAAGCAAUUUCACAAUGAUUACAUUGAACAACUUGACUCUCUGGGUCUGGGGAAAUAUUUAUCCAUGGAACCAGAUUUAAUUUUCUAUAACAAUCACGCGUCUCUGUUACCCAGACCAAUGAAUCCAAAUGCGAUUGAAAUUGGAGGAAUACAUAUGAAAGGUGCUAAAACUUUGCCAAAGGAUAUUCACGAAUUUAUCGAUGGAGCAGAACAUGGUGUCAUUUUAUUCACACUCGGAUCAGUUGUUCGAGCAGCGUCCUUGUCUCCUGAAAAUCAGAAGGCAUUUAGAGAUGCUUUUGCAGAGAUACCGCAAAGGGUCAUAUGGAAGUUCGAAGACAAAAUUGAAAACGUAUCUCACAAUGUGAUGAUACUCGACUGGGUUCCUCAACGAGAUAUCCUAGAGCAUAAAAAUGUGAUAGCCUUCAUCAGUCAUUGCGGAUUGGGAGGUACAAAUGAAGCAGUUUACACCGCAACACCCGUCGUUGCUUGUCCCUUAUUUUGUGACCAAGUGGACAAUGCGGAGUUACUGGAGAAUAUAGACGUAGCAGUUCGUUUAGAUAUUUAUGAUAUUACCAAAGAAAAUGUACUUAAUGCGUUGAAUGCAAUUAUUAAUGACACAAGAUAUUACAAUAAUAUGCAAAAGUUAUCUAAGCAAUUCAAAGAUCGACCAAUGACACCACAGCAAAGCGUAGUUUAUUGGACCGAAUAUGUGAUUAGACAUCAAGGUGCAUCACAUUUGAAAAGUCCUGCAUCUCGGUUAUCCUGGUAUCAAUUUUUAAUGCUCGAUGUCCUGCUCAUUGUGGCAUUAAUUCUAGCAGUUUUUGUAUGUUUAUUUAUUUGUACUUUCAGAAUUUUGUCAUCUCUUUUUUUGCAAUUCAAAUGCAUUAAUGAAGCCUUAUCUGGUAAACCUAAAAAUAAAAAACUCUGAAAAUAUA